AUGGCGACUACAUUGACUGACGACAAGCGACCUCAAUUACAGCCCGUCUGCCAGAACUGCGGCACCUCGACCACGCCCUUGUGGCGUCGCGACGAGCUGGGCUCCGUUCUUUGCAACGCUUGCGGACUAUUCCUCAAGCUGCACGGACGGCCUCGUCCGAUAAGCUUGAAGACCGAUGUGAUCAAAAGUCGCAACCGCGUGAAAACCGGCCAGGGUCCCAAACGCAAGUCUGGCGGACCCAUCGACAGCAACGGCCUGGCAGGACAAGCGGAGGCUGGGACUCCCCUUGGCGCCCAUGCAUACCGUCGCGCGUCGCGUAAGAUGUCCCCGGGUCACUCGGAUCGCUCAAAUUCCCCUUUGUCGCGAACGGAGACUCCUGGCUUUGGGUCGAUGCAGGCGCACAACUCGAACAUCGCCCCGCAACAUAUGUUCGACCAGGUCACUGCUGGCCGCGGCGAUAGCUCGCUGAGCUCAUCCGGUGGCCUUCCUACCCUUCCGCUGCGACAGCCCUCUCCCUCUGCCGUUGAUCGUCAGCUCGACUCUCCACAGACAUACGAAAGCCUGCUAGCCCUCAACACCUCUCUCAAGACACGUGUGAGCGAACUCGACUUAAUCAAUGAGCUGUUCCGUGGUCGCGUUGCUGAGCUCGAGCAAAGCGACGCAAGCGCGCGUCGGUCGGAGAUGAUUGCGCGGGACUCUGAAGCUCGUCUGCGACGAUCUCUAGAAGAGUCUCAGCGCCGCGAGGAUGACCUGAAGCGUCGCAUCAACGAACUCGAGCGUCAAAUGGGCAGCAGCGGCUCUAUUGAUGCGGAUAGUUCAGAGCCUUCCGCGAAGAGGAUCCGCCUCUCGGAUAUGGUAGAACAUUCCCCUGAGGGAUCGCCGGCGCAACCCAAGUCCCCCAAGAGCACCUAA